GGAAAUUUGUUGCUUUUGAGAUUGCGUGGUUUCUGAUGUUUAUUGUCUUCCUGUGUCCUCGGAACUGUGGCCUCCAUUCUCUGUAAUUGCUGUUGGGCAGGUGACCCCUGUGCAGAGUGCAGACUGGCUUUUUGUUUGGUUGUGUUGGACGGGCGUUUCCACUUGGCACAGGAUUACGUCCCAUCUCAGGUUACAGUGUUCAACUGUCGCCUUUCAGCCGCCUCCUGAUAGCAGUUAGACGGUGCUGAGCUUUUCUUUACUGCAUAUGAGAACGCAAAGUAAGCAGGUGGUCCUGCAUUGUAACACUGCUGUUCCGUCCAGCGCCACAUUAUACGGCGGCGUGAACCGGGAACCUAAGGAGCUGAAUCUGGUUCACAAUCUCCAAGUUCUGAUUCGAUGCAAAUCUUUGUGACUGUGCUUUGCAACGCUGUCUGAUUUGCUGAAUCCUUUGGGAUGGCUGCAGCUUGUGAAAAAGAGGAUCUGAUUCCAUUCAUUUUGGUUAGUUUUGGGACCAGUGCCUGUGGAUGCAGUGCUAGAAUCACGUGCUGACGUUUGCCGGAUGGCUUCCUAAACCAAGACCACCGUGGCGGAAGCUUCUUGUAAUGUUACAACAAGUCACUCAGGACAGUUUGAGGAUCACAGAAAAUCUCAGAAGAUAAUCAAUUUGGACUGGAGAUCAGUGAUGCAGGUGACUCGGUGUCAGAAGUGCCGAUUUUUAAGUGUAUUGCAAGGAAGGUAGUCAUGGCGAUGACUGGGCAGACCGCCUCUUACUCCAGCAUGAGCAAUCACACAAAGGAGCGGGUCACCAUUACAAAGGUCACUCUUGAAAACUUCUACAGUAACUUGAUUGCACAGCACGAAGAGAGAGAAAUGAGGCAGCGGAAGUUGGAAAAAGUAAUGGAAGAAGAAGGCCUGGGAGAUGAUGAGAAGAAGAUGAGAAGGUCCCAACAUGCCAGGAAGGAGACAGAGUUCUUACGACUCAAGAGGACCAGACUGGGGCUGGAUGAUUUUGAGUCCCUCAAGGUCAUAGGUCGAGGUGCAUUUGGGGAGGUGCGCCUUGUACAAAAGAAGGACACAGGCCACAUCUACGCCAUGAAGAUUUUGCGCAAAUCUGACAUGCUAGAAAAGGAGCAGGUGGGCCACAUUCGUGCAGAGCGGGACAUCCUAGUGGAAGCUGAUAGUCAGUGGGUGGUGAAAAUGUUCUACAGUUUUCAGGACAAACUCAACCUGUACCUAAUCAUGGAGUUCCUCCCAGGAGGCGAUAUGAUGACUCUGCUGAUGAAGAAGGACACGCUGAGUGAGGAGGAAACUCAGUUCUACAUUGCAGAGACAGUACUGGCCAUUGACUCUAUCCACCAGAUGGGCUUCAUCCACAGGGAUAUCAAACCAGACAAUCUCCUGCUCGACAGCAAGGGUCACGUUAAGCUGUCAGACUUUGGCUUGUGCACAGGACUGAAGAAGGCUCACAGAACAGAAUUCUACCGCAACCUCAGUCACAGUUUACCCAGUGAUUUCACUUUCCAGAACAUGAACUCUAAGCGAAAAGCAGAAACCUGGAAGAGGAACCGACGGCAGCUCGCCUUCUCCACUGUGGGGACCCCAGAUUACAUUGCACCCGAAGUAUUCAUGCAGACCGGUUACAACAAACUUUGCGACUGGUGGUCCCUUGGAGUCAUCAUGUAUGAGAUGCUGAUCGGCUACCCGCCUUUCUGUUCAGAGACCCCUCAGGAGACGUAUAAGAAAGUGAUGAACUGGAGGGAGACCCUCACAUUUCCACCAGAGGUUCCCAUUUCAGAGAAAGCCAAGGAUUUAAUUCUCAGGUUCUGCUGCGAGUCAGAGACCAGAAUUGGGGCCAAUGGAGUGGAAGAUGUGAAGAGCAACUUAUUCUUUGAAUGCGUUGACUGGGAGCACAUCAGGGAGAGGCCGGCAGCUAUCUCCAUUGAAAUAAAAAGUAUUGAUGAUACAUCGAACUUCGAUGAAUUCCCUGAUUCUGACAUCUUGCAGCCAGGAGUGUCACAGGCAGGGCUAGAAAGUAGUGGUAAGAAGUGUCUGUCCUCUAAGACAGUUGCAGUGAGUAACCAUUCGGAGGCAGACUACAAGAACAAGGACUGGGUCUUCAUCAACUAUACCUACAAACGAUUUGAAGGACUGACUGCCCGUGGAGCCAUUCCUUCCUACAUGAAGUCUGGGAAGUGAUGAACUUUGACCCCAAGGGCUAACAUCACUAGUGCCUAUUUUAUCUUAGCAACUCGAUUGGUCCGUUGGUGGAGCCUUACUGCCGAGGAUAGUGACAGUUGUGAAGGACUGAGAAAUUACUCAGAUUUUAUUCCUAAUAUCCAGAUAUCCAUUAUAAUCUCUUUUUGCUGGGCAGUAAAUGCCGAUAUUAGACUCCAUGCAGCCCAGGACCUCAGGCAGUAGCUGUCCGAAGAGGGCUCAGUGGGAUUCCUACAACACAAGGCUGGCAGGUCUCUGCUAGUCGCUAGCUGUGCUGCUCCUGCCUGAAUCUGCUCUGUCCAGUUCAGCUCCUAGUGGCCGAUUUAGACCAAACCUUUUACCAGCGAAUACAUCUACUGCGGCUGUUGAUGAGGCUUCCUUUGCUGUGUGUUCCCUGGUGGCUGAGGCGGGGGUGUACCUGUCCCUAUAAUUGGUCACAGGAGGGCCUGUAUAUUUGAGUGAUUAUCAGUGAACUGUCGGUGCUGUGUGGUCCUGCCUGCGGUCAGAGGGCAGUGUAAUGGGUUCAUGGUGCAUAGUGAUGUGCGAGAGGGGCAGAAAGCAGACCAGUGGUAGUCUGACAGAGAGAUAGUUGGCUGGUAUACAACUGCCCUACUGCUGCUCAUCGCUCUGUACUGUCCGUGCCGGCCCUUCCCAUUUCUGUUAAUGAUUAUCCACAGCUGAGCACACUGCAGACACCAAGGUACUGUCCACAUCAUGUGUUUUUAUCUGUAUUUGGAUGCAUUUAUUGAUUGGUUGGGUUCGUGAUGAACUCUGUGCUAAUGUCACCUUGAUUUCUAACUAUAUGCAGCUUUAUUAUUUUAUAGGGAGAGUGUUUGUGAUGGAUCUUGAUUGUAAAUACGGUUGUGUGUUUGUACUUGUAUAGAAUGAGAUAUUGGCCCUAUUGGCAUUGCUGUGGGUGAAGGUGGGUGAUUCCAGGCCUGGAUCUGUGCAGGUUUGUUUGAAGAUUCUCAUUUCUUUGAGUUUGUGUCAAUUAUUUCUAUGCAGUUUCUGCACCAUCUCCAGGGUAUAUAAUAGCAAGCUAAACAAGAGUUCCUGCCACUGAUAAUCCUUCUGGAAGAUAUCUCAUUUCCUUCCUUUGAUUUAUUUUGUUUGCUGUUUCCCAUCUUGCUUUGGUUGAACAUGCCGGUCAGUAUUACUUUGAAAUCUAGAACAUCCAUCACCUUGGAGAACUCUCGCCUGUUUUCAGCUGUCACUUCAGUAACCAUCCCUCUAUCUCUGUGUUGAGAGAGCAAAAGAGAAGGGCCCGAGAAGCUGGUACUUGUAGACCAGAUUGUUAUAAUGAGCAGCCAGUGAUUCUGGUGGGAUUGUGUCUGGCAGUAACUUGCUGAAGGUGUAUGCCCUUGCCCUGACUCCAGGCAAAUGUCAGAAUGGCUGUGUGAGCAAACUCACUGCUUCCUUCAAUUUUCCAACGUUCUUCCAGUGACCCAUACUCUAGGACAUGGCUGUGUUGGGAUUUGCACAUUAUUUUGUGUGAAAGUAAUUUUUGAAUGUUACAACGGGGCCUUAUUUAGAGAGGGAGCAACGUAACAUAAUUCUGCCCAUAAUCUUGUUGGUACAGGCUGCUGUCUGUCUGUGUCUCUCUCGCUCUCUUCCUCCUCCCCCCCCCCCCCCCCCCCC